GGAACUGCUGACGGUUCCCCGCGGUCUGGCGCGUCCGACCCGAGGGUCGCUCCCCGGGUCGCUCCCUUUUCCCCGCACCCAGCCCCCCGGCCCGGCCUCCGCGGCUGUCAGGGGGCUGCCGGGCGGGGGCUCCGUCAGUCCGCGGUCAGGCGGGUGAGGCGGGACGGGCGCCGCCCGCCCAGCGCCCGGGCACAGGCUCGCGGCCUCCUGGUCUCGUUCAAGCGGAGGACUGGGGGCGGCUGACGCCUCAGAGCUCGCCGCCCACCGAGUGUGCAGCGGAAGGCGACGCGCGACGGGCGAGGACGGAGAACGGCCUCGGGUGUGCGUCCGGCCGUCGGAAAAUCUCGAGGGGGCGGGAGGAGUCCGGCAGGUGAUUUUGGGGGGCACAAAAACCUUCUUUGAAGAACUUUGUACUGUGUUGAAGGAUGGCAGAAGCAGUGUUGAUAGAUCUCUUUGGUUUGAAAUUAAACUCUCAGAAAAACUGUCAUCAGACAUUACUAAUGACAUUGAAUGCUGUCCGAAACCACCAUGGUGCCAAGGCCAAGUUCCUUUGCAUAAUGUGUUGCAGUAACAUCAGCUGUGACCAUGAUGAUUGUGAAUUAGAAACAAGCAAUGGAUUAUCUGCUUUCCUGAGAGAAUUUGAGACUGUUAGCAAUUCCAGCAUGGCUGCCUCAUUGUAUACCAUUAAACAAAAAAUUGAUGAAAAAAAUUUGAGCAGCAUUAAGGUAAUUGUGCCUGUGCACCGGAAGACAUUAAUGAAGGCUUUUAUUGGUCAACUCUUCACUGAUGUUUACAAUUUUGAGUUUGAAGAUUUACAGAUGACUUUGAGGGGAGGUCUUUUGAAACAGCCUACUGAAAUAAACAUAAUCACAGCUCAAGAACUAGAGGCAAUCCAGAAUGAAAUAGAAACAUAUUUGAGAAGUUUGCCAACACUGAAAGGAGAAUUAACCAUUAUCACAUCUCCUUUGAUCCCAGAUAUUUUCAUACAUGGAUUUACUACAAGAACAGGUGGGAUAUCUUACAUACCAACUCUUAGCUCAUUCAAUCUCUUCAGUAGUUCCAAACGGAGAGAUCCCAAGGCUGUUGUUCAAGAAAAUCUGCGUAGGCUGGGGAAUGCAGCAGGAUUUAACGUGAAGAAAUUUUACCGAAUAAAGACUGAUCAUGCCAAUGAUGUCUGGAUUAUGGGAAGGAAGGAGCCUGAAUCUUACGAUGGAAUCACCACAAAUCAAAGAGGAGUCACAAUAGCGGCUCUUGGUGCUGACUGUAUACCGAUAGUUUUUGCCGAUCCUGUCAGAAAAGCAUGUGGGGUUGCUCAUUCUGGUUGGAGAGGUACUUUGUUAGGUGUUGCUAUGGCUACAGUGAAUGCUAUGAUAGCAGAAUACGGCUGUAGUUUGGAAGACAUUAUUGUUGUACUGGGGCCUUCAGUAGGACCUUGCUGUUUUACUCUUCCAAGGGAAUCAGCAAAGGCAUUUCAUAAUCUUGAUCCCGGAUGUGUACGGCUCUUUGGCUCACCAAAUCCCUAUGUUGACAUCCGUAAAGCCACGAGGAUUCUUCUAGAACAGGGAGGAAUUCUACCACAGAAUAUUCAGGACCAGAACCAAGAUCUCAACCUCUGUACCUCCUGUCAUCCUGACAAGUUUUUCUCCCAUGUCCGAGAUGGCCUUAACUUUGGUACACAGAUUGGCUUCAUAUCAAUUAGAGAAUGAGAUGAAGGGAGACUCAAAAUUAUUAUGCCAAAGAUGUAAUUCAUCUCUGAUUUCACGUCAAAGCUUUUAGCACCCUGGGGAGUUAAGACUGGAAUCUCGAAUCUCUGCCUUGACAGCCCUCUUUCUGCCAUAUGAUGAACUUGAAUUAUGGAUAUUGGGGAAGAAGACUGCAGAGGUGAAGUCAUGUCAAGGAGAUUCUACAUACACCAACACUGAGACCCAGAGAUCUGGUGACUUUCUUAGGUCACCCCACAGUUAAUAGUAUGGAACUGGAUGCCUACUCACUUGACCUUUGACCUUCAGCUUGUGGUAGCCCUAAAAGGGUUGCCAGUUCACUCUCACAACUUUGCCCCAGGCUGAGGAAAGAACUGACUCCAAAAUGUGUUCUGACAAUGACAUCGUCACAAAGGUGUUGAUCAAGAGAACCUCUAAUAAACUUCCUACAUGCAAACCACUCCUCAGUCUCUGGUUCCUGGGGAACCUAACUUGCAGCAGUGUUAGGAAAAAAAUGAAACAGGGAAAUGGAAUAAAUAUCAGAUAUCAGGAGGGGCUGCCUAGUUAAGAUGGUCAGGUACGACUCCUCCAAGAAGUUGAUAUUUGAGCCGAUGUGUGAAUGAUGAGAAGGGGCACAGAAAGAUCUGGGGGGGCGGGUAGCCUCCCAGACAGAGGAAAGUAUGAAGACCCUGAGGGGAGAAUGAGUUGGACGUGUUCCAGAAAAAAAGGAAGGCCAGUGUUACGUGUGAUAAAUGAAAAACAGGCCGGUAGAAAAAGCUGCUGGAUCAUGGAGUUUGAACUUUAUUCUAAAUACAAUAAUAGAGUCACAUCCAAUGAGAGGAUUCGGUCUUCAAGCAAAUUCAUCAGCUGAGAAUCAACUACAAUCAAACCUGCAUCUACAGGCACUAGGACCACACUCAGCUGUGAGAUGUUCACCCUCCACAGUCCUGGAAGCAGCUGUCCUUAGGGUCAGCGGAGUCCCAGGCUCUCUCAAGGCUCUGUGCUCCACGGAGUAGAAUAAAUAGCCUGAACUUCUAUUUACGCUGCUUUCUCUUUGCAAUGUUCUCUCUUUCUAUAUAUUUUUAUUAUAUGUGCAUUAGUUGGUUUGGUAGGUUAUAAUGCAACUCCAAUACAUAAAGAUUUAUAUAGAGUAAAAUAUCUGAAGGGCCACAUGGCAAAGCAUAACAGUUUACUUCUGAGAAAGAGGUGGAGAUAGAAAAAGAAAAAAUAUUUUUUCUUUGUGCCUUUAUAUUGUUUGAGUGUGUAUUAUUUUAUACAUGCUAAAAAAUAUAUUUUAUACUUAGUAUUUUAUACUAAAAAGAAAUUUUAAAAAUUGAUACAGCUAACAAAUUUAAGGAAGUGUGGAGGGGUAUGAGACGAAGGUGUGUUGGGAGAUUGAAUUUGAUUCUGUAGAUAAUGAGAAUCACAUGGAGAUUUUUAACCUCUAAGGGUGAUGAUAUUUCAAUUGAUAAUUUUGGAAGAUAACGUAUAGGAUUGAAAAUUAUAGGUGGCACUGGUGAGAGGUAGACUGAGUUUAUGAAUUAGUUAUCUUUUGGUUUUUAUCUAAAUAAUGAAGAUAUUCCUCUACCUAGUUUUGCACUGGAAGUUCCUAGGGUACAGUAUUUAAGUCCCUAUGUGGCUAUAAGAGUAGACAGACGGUCAGACAUUCAGUCCCCAAUUCUUUCAUCUCUACUUUCAUCCUCAUCUUGUGUCCUGGCAUCCAUUAAGUGUUUAUAGGUGUCUUGGCAAGAGGGAAAUUCAGGCUCCUUCUGAGUCAUAUGAGUGGACCAACGGUGAUGCAGGGAAGAAAGCUCCCAAUAGAGGUCAGCCUUGCUGGAAAUGCAGAGAUGGACAAUCCCUGUUCCUAGAGUGGUCAAGGGUGUCAGGGUGCAGCUUGAAAGUUGUCAUUGGAGGGUGACCUGGGUUGUACUCAGUGGCACUGACUCCCAGCUAAUGGCCCAGGGCUCUUUGAGUUAUAGUGAUUUCAGUUCCUUCCCCUGGUGACUUUCAGAGGGUGCUAAUCUCCUCCAGGGCAGGUUCAAAUGAAAAUCCCUGUGUGAAUGUUAGGUGAAUGAGAGUUCAAUGGGGUACCGAUCAUUGGAUUUGAAAUACUUCAUGUUGGGUGAGGUGGCCCAGAAACCCUCCAGCAGAAGAAGAGGCAGGAAGGGAGGUUAUGCAGCAUCUGAGUAUUGAUUUGACUUCAGAAUGUUAUCUACUCUUGUUGGCAAAUACUGCAUGUGCUGUCCAGGAACAUGGCUGUGAGGCUGGGUGAAGUCCUCUGCUUUGGCAGAGCCCUAUCCUAACCCCGAAAAGCUUUUGCGGGAAGGUCACUUCCUGUCCCUUGCUCAGAUCAGAUAGCUUUCGUCUAUAACAAGUCUGAGGCCCAUGUUGAUACCAUUUAUAGAGAAUGUUUCUUUCAUUAUAUACCUAGCCAGAUCCUAAGACAGGCCUUCCGAGGAAGGAUGGAUCAAGACCAUGUCUAGUGUCUGUCACAUCAUAGAAAUUAAACAACUAUACCCUUUUCAGUUUCUAACUCAAAUCCAGUCUACUGGCCCCAUUUCUUUCUACCUUUGUGGUAAACUUAUUGGAUUUUGUUAUCCUCUUUGCCACUUACCUUGAUUGGUAACACCGUAAAUAGAUCUUUCCAACUCAUUCAUUCAUUCGUGUCUUCAUUCAUUUAUGUUUUUGACAAGUACUGUGUUUGUUGAGUGCUUGUGUGGGUCAGACUGUGUGAGGCAUUAGGAAUAUAAUGAGGAACAAAGAGAGUCUCGGUCCUUACCCUCAUGUUGCUUAAAGCCUAGAGCAGGACUGAAGUACUGUUAUUACUGAAGAAUAACAGUAAAACACAAAGCCACAACUGUGAGAAGGCAAUGAUGGAGUGGUACAAGGUGAGAUUACAUAAAAGGAGAAUCAUCUGGUGAGGAAAGUCAGAGAACGCUUUGCUGGGGAGGUGACUCUGCUGAGCUCUUUUUUCAGAAAAGCCUGGCUUUUGGCCAAGUUGAUCAACUUCCUACCAGAAAGUGAAGCAACAUUUCCAAAGUCACUCUAAAAGAAUGAGAAAUAAAUGUCAAUGGCGCUUACUUGGCCAUAUUCACAGAACUAAGGGCCAUUCAAGUGACUCUGAAGGACACACAAAAAACCAAGAACAAAACAAAACUAAAGAAAGCAAACAGGUACCCUGCUCUAUUUAUUAAAAUGUUGCUUAAUAUUGAUAUAAUAACGCUGAAGGAAGGUGUCCCUUCCUGACACCUGAAUCUGUAGGUUAAAAAGACAACCAUUUUCCACUUACUUUGGACACUUUUUCCCUCUGAAUGUUCUGUUCUGUCACCAGCCUAUUAAAGCCCAUUUCCAAUCAUUUUUUCAAUUUUUCAAGGUCCUUUGGGAUUUUGAUGAGUAGGUAUUUCUCUCUCCUCACAAAGAGACCUGCUUUAAGUUGUCUAUGACUAGAACGGAUUGAGUUAUCAUGCUGAAGAAACUUUGAGAGGUAAAUACAAGUGUCAGCAACACACUCUGUUUUCUGGAAUCGCAGGAUGGAAUUUCCAGCCAUAAGCAAGGGUGUUAGUUAGCAUUUCUGGUUGGAGAGUCUGACUAACAAGCUCUUUUCUCAGGAAACAGGAGUACCAGUCGCCUGGUUAUUAGCAGUUGUAAAACCAGGCCCCACCGGUGAUGUGUUACAGACCUCUCUUCAGAAUUCCUCCAUCUAAGAGAAGACUCAUGAGUCAGAAUUUUGGGAACUGCACAGGUAGCCAUCUUGAAAUUUCAGGGAAAUUUGUCUGGCUUACAAAUCAUAAAAAUAAAUAGAUGCUAUAUAUUUUGAAAGAGACACAAGGCUGUCUAAGUAUGGGGGAGAUUGAAAUGGAUACAAACAUACAUAUACUAACUUCCUCUUCACCAAUGAGAUCCUGAAAGAUGACGGCUUCCAGGGCAAAUGGACGAAAAUGAUCACAGUUAGUUUGAAGUGUUUAAGAAAUUAGAUGCUAUACAAGUCACAAUGCAGUGGACUCACAAAUUAAGCAGGAUUGAUUGGUAGUAAAAUAAAAAAUUAAGCAAUAUAUGGAAAUGUUCAACUGUUAAGAAACUGACCAACGCUAACAUGUAGCAGUAAUUAAAAUAAUUCCAAAAUAAUAAAGCUCAUUAAUGUUGAAAACAGGGAGAAACAGUUCAUUUAAAGUACAUGUAUUUUGUACUUAAACGGUGUAUUUAUUUUUUCACAUCCAUUAUUCCCUGUGAGCAUUAUUACAAUCCCUUUUUUACAUGCUGAUAUGAGUUUAUUUCUCAUUUCUGAUUAUAAACAAAACACGUUUUUCAUGAAUAAUUCAAAGAGAUAGAAGAAGAGAUAUAAAGUUAAAAGCAAAAUUCACAGGAAAUCCCAACUGAGAUCACUAUUGUUAAGAAUUUUGUCAACAUCCUUGCAGAUGCUUCUAUGUAUAAUACAGUAGAUACCCGUGUAAUAAUUUUGCACUUGCUACCAGGUUGAUACUUUGUAGUAUAUACAUAGUCAAUAAGUAUUUUCUUCCUACUCCCUGGGAAGGAAAUUUUGUUCACUUAGUAUUCAGAUUAUGGUAAUUACUACUUAUUAUUCUCUACCUCUCCCUACCUUAUUAUUCAGAUUAUGGUAAUUACUACUAAAGGAAGAGGCAAGAGGGACAGGAAGAGAAGGGGAUGAUCAAUUUGGGAGCAAAGUUUGUGGAUGAGACUGGAAAACCUGUUGAGGAGAGAGAGGCUUCAGGAAGGAGCUAUAAUAUUACAGUGUGAAAGAGAACAGGAUGAAAAAGGUGGGUUGCAAAAGAUAUUUUAAGAUAUGGUACUGUGAGUUAGCAGCUGUAUGUCCUUUAAUGUUUUCUGAAAGUUGAGAGCAAAGGCUGAAAUUGCUUGGUAAAGCCUUUUGUUAGCUGGGCUGCUUCUGUGAAGGUCAUGGUGCUGAGACUGGAUCUCAGAGGGAUAUGGGAUUUAUUUGAUUUAUAUAAAAAUGGGAUUUUGUCAACUACGCUGCUUUGUAAUUCCUUUUCUCUCAAAAAUACGUCAUGGCGCUCCUUCUCAAGUCAACAAAUAUAAAUUUCCAUGAUUCUCUUUAGUGGCUUCUCUGGUGGGAAUACACCGUAUCUUUAUAAACGGGCCCAUGUUGGUGGGUGUUUAGGUUGUUUCUAACGGUGAUGAGCAUCUUUGUGCAUCUUUACAUGUUUAUGUGACUAUCUCAUUGGAAUAGACUAUUUAUGAGAUAUAACAUUUUACAUUUUAUUACAUAAUGCCAACAAAAAGUCACACUAAUCUAUACCCUCACCGAGUGUAAAGUCCCAUAGCCACCCAGACUCAUUCUUAUCAUCUUAUUUUUUUGGAGAGGAUUACCACAAUUUGGACAAUAUAUCUAGAGCAUACAUCUUUUUUUUUUUUUUUCGGUACACGGGCCUCUCACUGUUGUGGCCUCUCCCGUUGCGGAGCACAGGCUCCGGACGCGCAGGCUCAGCGGCCAUGGCUCACUGGCUCAGCCGCUACGCGGCAUGUGGGAUCUUCCUGGACCGGGGCACGAACCCGUGCCCCCUGCAUCGGCAGGUGGACUCUCAACCACUGCGCCACCAGGGAAGCCCUAGAGCACACAUCUUAAGAAGCUGAAACACAGGAAGACUGAGGGACUCUCAUCUAAGAUGUUAGAACUGAGUAGUUCUAGUCUGGUGACCUCUCUAUAGGUGUCUUGGGCCUGGAAAAGCCAAAUGACAAUGACGUCUGUUAGGCCACACGGAGACUAAUGCCACCCAGAAGGUAAAGAAAGAUAGUGAAAAGUGGUGAAUGAAGCUAUUUUCAGUUCAACUCAUCUGUGUAACCGGGGUGCAGGCCAUAGUGAUGAGAUGAUGUGUAUAAAAGUACUUUGUACAUCACUAGACGUUGAGGUACCGCUUGGGAAAACAAUUGCCCCCUUUGUCUGUACAGUUAGGACUGUGUGUGUUUAGCAAAUUGAAAAAUUAUAAGCAUUGUGGUUU